UAAGUUUUUAUCCUCCCAUAAUUCCAUUCUGGUGGAAAAGAGGUUGACAUUUUAUGGUUAAAUCUUGACCCUGUUAGGCCCUCAGGUUAGACCCAAAGUCAGAAUCUAGCCCCUGCUGUGAUUGAGGUUGACACCCCUGCUUUACAUGCAAGGAUGUUCAAGAAAAAUGCAAAAUCACUGUAAGAAAUUAACAUAUAAUUGGACAGCGUGCAUUACUAUUUAAAGGUUUUAUCCUGCAUAUCCUUAGAUUAAGGUUUCAGUCUUUGUCUCCUAACUUUUUCCUUGCAGCUGAAGAAGGCAUCAGCAGUGAAAGAGUUAAUCUUGGGCAUUACAUCACUGCUUCCCUCUGCCCUUUCCCAUCUCUUUCAACCCUCCUACCCCCUUGAAUCUCCUCUUUCCUCUCCAUCCUCUCCCCUCCCUCUCCGGCCUUCAGUCUCCUCCCCCGCCCCUCCUCCCAUCCUGUCCAUGUGCCCGGCCCCUUCAUUAACUCCACUAUGAAAGGGAAGCCUCUUACUGGCAGCCACACUCCCAGAGCCUCUUAGGAGCCUCACUAACACAAAAACCAUCCCUUCAGACUCAGGCCUGGACAGAGAAAUACAGUUGGAAGCCAAAUCAUAAUUAGUGUACCUCUGAGUGAGGCCUCAGCUUGCCAAAUCGCUCUAUUUUCCAACACUGACAUGGAGUUUUUCAGUGUGCAUAAAACCUUUCAGCACCCUCAUCUGGGUGAGGAGAAGCAGCAGAUGCUGAACCUGAACCGACGCCUGGAGACCUACCUGAGCCGGGUCAAACACCUGGAGGAAGAAAAUGCGCAGCUUGCACAGGAGAUCCAAGCCUUACGACGCAGCAGCCAUGGAGCUCUGACAAGACGGAAGGGCCUGGAGGAAGAGCUGCGCCGAGGGAGGCUGGAGGUGGAUGCAGCCUGGAAGGACAGGGUCUACAUGGAGAUGGAGGUAGAAAGAUUGGUGGAGGAGCUCCAAGCCUUGGAUCUACUGAGGCAGAAGGAGGCUCAGGCCCAACUCGAGGCCAAGACGAAGCUGGAGAGGGGCAGGAAGGAGCUGGAGGAGGAACAGAGAGCACAGGUCUGGCUGAGACAAAAGGUCAGUCAGCUUGAGAAUGAAAUGAGGCACCUAAUUCAAACACAUCAGGAGGAUGUGGCCCACUUAGAGGCCAAACUGACCCUUUCUAGAACCACAAUGCCCCCUACAUUGACGCAAAGAGGCCACCAGACCCCAAACCUCCUUGAGCUGGGAGAGGAGUUCUCCCAGAGGGCCACCAGGACAUGGCAGGAGGCUGCAGAGGCCUAUCAGGGCCAGUUAGCUCAGCUGGAGGAGUCUCUUAACCAGACCAGGAGCCGUUUGACCCAAGUGGAGAAAGAGAAGAGCGAGGGCCGGCUGAAGCUCCAAGCCCUGGAGAAGGAGAUUGCUUCAGCUCAGGAAAUCAGGAUGCACCUGGAGAAGACCGCCGUCCAACAGGGGCAGAGAUACGACCAGGAGAUCCAAGAGCUGCAGGAGCAUUUGGAAGGCCUGGAGGCGGAGAAAGAGGAGCUGGGCCAGCAGAUCGAGGGUAUCCUCCUGGAGAACCGAGGCCUGCUGCAGGCCAAGAUGUCACUGGGGCUGGAGGUGGCGACAUACAGAGCGUUGUUGGACGGUGAAAGCCUGCAGGGAAACAUCUCUCAAAGAAAUAUUUCCAUCACAGAUGCAGCUCUCAAUCCUCGUGGGGUUAAAAGGAAUUACCAGCUGUCUGCAAGCCACAGAACCACUUCCCAUUCAUCUGUGCGUGGCUUAAGAGGAACAGGGCCAACAGUCAAAACUAUACCACCAAUCUGGAGUAGAAAGCCUGUUACUCACACUGAAAGUCCAAGGACGUCCAUAAAACCAGCAUCAGCAACACCAGAGCCUCCUUAUCCAAAAAUACUGCAGGAUGGAGCUGUUGAAAAUUUCAGACCACAGGAGGUUCAAGAGAAAGUCACCUAUGCUGAGCCUCUGUCGCCUCCUAAUGAAUGGGAGGCUCCUGCUAAAGCAACCGAGGACAAAGAAGGUGAAGAGGCUGGAGUGGUUGAGUCUGUUAUCAGUCACCAGAAUAGAGAGGCACCCUUAAAGGAUCAGUGUGAUGCACCAAAUUUCACACCGUACAGCAUCAAAAUCAAAGAAGAGCUUCACAGUUUCUCUGAGGACUCUGACUUGGAUGUGCCUUUGGAUAUACCUGCAGAAAAACAAGAUCUGGACGUGCCAUGUGCUCCCAUUUCAGCAUGGGAGGAGAAGAAGUAUGCAGAGCAUGCACAAGGGGAAACCUCAGAUUCAGAAACAGAGGCUGUACGGGAACCAAAUUUUGGAUCCAGAACCAGCAGUCCAGUGUCUGAAUGUGAGCCUGAAGAUGGUGGAGAUGAAAACAUCUUGAAGGCAGAUGCAGCGGAGGUGAGGCAAGAAUUAAGCUGCCCUCUAAAUAAUAAGAAUGAUACUGAAGAUAAGUUGUACCCAGAUGGAGAGGAGAUGGAUACGUGGGACAGUGUAAUAGAGAGGAAGAUGGAACGAAAUGACGAUGGCAUGAAAACAGAAGAAGAAAAACUGCAGCAUGCAGAACCAGAGGAGGACAUAUCAGCAAGAGAACAGAAGCAUGGAAAGAAACCGGAUGUACAGCAGCAGAAAAAUGUCGCCUCUUCAGUGUUGGACACUGAAGUUCAUGAUCAUGGCCAUGAUGUUGCACCAGACCAAGAUGAUGCCCUGCUUUCUGACAACGAAGAAGAUGACGAUUCUCCAAACGUCUCCGUGUCAUGGAGGACAGAGCUGGAGAGCGACAGCUAUGCUCAGGAAAACACUCUCGCCGAUACCCGUCCUCUGAUUCGGUACAAAAGUGACGAGACGGAUGCAAACACUCAUGCGUCACACAUGGAUGAAAGUGAGUCCAGUGAAGGUGAACAGGAAAAGAAGGUAGGAGAGGCGGGAACUGGAACGUGGGGGGACGGAAAGUCAAAGAAGUUUGGCACUAUGGAAGAUCUGUGUGAAGAAGCAGAAGGUGAAGAAGCUUUGGAUGAGGAGUAUGAUCUUGGGUAUACCCAAGGCAAUGGUGGAGCUGGAAGAGAAGAAGCUACACUGGCGAAUGCAAAUGAAAGUGCUCAAGAGCUUUUUAGGAAAGUUAGUGAGGGACACUGGGAUGUAGGGACCGUAGACCUCACCAAAACCAUGGUGGACUAUGACGAGGAGUUGGAGACAGACAGACUGGUAGAGCAGGAAUUAGAAAACCUAGCCACAGACAGCUACAGCACUCACUUUGCACAGCAGCACGUCAGCAGGAGUAAGGAUAUUCUGCAUCUGAUGACUAAGUCUGACUGGGCCUUUGGAGUGCAAGAAGAUGCCAGAAAACCCAAGACAGAUGAUACGUCUUCUUGUGCAGAGCCUGAGGUGGCAACGCACCAUGAACUUUCACCUUUCACUUCAGUUAUAUCCCAACCUUUUGAGAAUCUACAUUUCAGUGAUUCACCUCCAGUAAUGCCUCAAAGAGAAACAGACCAGUUGGCUCAAUGUGGAGAUCAAGAUGCUUCAGAGCAAGUGGAGGAGGAACAUAAUACUUUUAUGGUGACACAUGCCGAUCCAAUAGAUCAAACCGGCUUUGGUGACUUCCUCGACAUGCCUAGUCAUGAAGACAACCAAGAGGAGCCAAAGUCACCAGGCCUAGAAAACUUGCAGGAAGUGGCUAAACCCACUGAGGAGGCUGUAGCUGUGGAAGAAUCCACUGUAUCUCAAGAAAUCAAGGAUGUUGAGGACUGCGAGGAAUUCCCAAAUGUUCCUGAAACAGCUGAAUGGGACGUCCUGGAGAGUCAGUUUGAAAUGAGAGAUCAGAAUGAAAGCUGGGAUAACAUGCCAAAAUCAGCUGACUUUAAGGAAGAAUUUAUGGCAGAGAAAGCAGAACCCCUUGAGAUGUCCCCUGAAAGCAUACCUGAGAAAAAUGACAUCUUCAGUGUGAAAGAGUCUGACGAAUUAUUGAGCAUAAAUGACAAAGACAAAGGCCUCCAUGGCUUCUUCAGCUCUGGUGUACAAAGUGACCUCUGGAUGUCCUCCCUGGAGACCGGUGCAACCUAUCAACCAGAUGAUGCCUGUAAUGAGGCAGCCGAGCAAACCAAUAGGAAUCAAGGACUUGCUGACACCUCCGACUGGGGGAAUUUGGAGAACACAAACAGGGCUUACGAGAACUCAAAGGUGGACAUUGAUUCAACAAAAGCCUUUGCUGGUAAAGCAGAGAACAAGGAGAUGAAGCAAAUGUUGUCCAGGAAUGUGGAGGGGGAGUUUGUUCAUUCUGAGGAGUCUGAAGUAGAGGGUGAAUCCUGGUCAUCUGGAGAGGAAGCGGUAUAAAACUUAGCAAGAUGUUUUUGUUAAAUUGGAUUUAGUUUUUAGUAGGGAUGUUGAUAGAUACCUUAGUUUCUAGUCAGUUAAAUUAAAGUUUAAAUUCAGACUACCAGACCUACCUAAGGGGCAGAUCCACAAAGAAUGAUUGCAACCCGCUGAAAGCCCCAGGAUUUGCUGGACAUUUGUGCACGCUAUUAGCUCCUUUUUUCACUAUAUUGACAAAAGACUUUGGGGUUCAUUUGGAUUAAAAUUGCACCACUUUUAAUGCCUGUGGCAGCUAGUGCUUACUUUGUGAAUUAGUUGCUACAUGCGCUAAGAAAUUUGCAGAUGAACUGAGCAAUUUUGAGUUUUUGAAUAUUUUAUACUAACAGGCUGAAUGCAGUUAGUGUGUAAGCUGACACGCCUGAUGAAUUUGUUUCACACAUCCAUCUGGUAAACCACUUAUAGACAGUGUUUGGGAAAGGGCAGAGGCUUUGAAAAAAUCCUUAGAGGGUGAUUGGAUGAACAUUCUGUGUGUCACAUCUU